AGGAUUUGUCAAAAUAAGCAGUGAUUAAGAUACCGACAGAAUUAAACAAAUAAAAGUUUUUAGGUUUUUAACUAAAGUAGAAACAAUUUAACACAAUAAAUUAAAUAAUUUUAAAAUUUUAUUGUAAAUUUACUUUAUUAAGUUUAAAGAUACAUUUUUACACUUUUGUAAAGAUUUUUAUAAGCUACUUUAGACACAAAAUUUUGACCGCCAAUAAAUGUACCAACAGUAUAAAAAGAAAAAGCACUAUUAAUUCUUCGAAAAUUAAGUAAAUAUUUAUAAAAAUCAUAUAAAAAUUAAAAAUUCGUACUUAGUUAUGAAGUAAUAAUUCAUAUUGUAAAUUAUUUGUGCAUAUUCAAUAAGUUCUUAGUGUUUUAAAUGGAUUUAUUGUUAGGGUUGUUUUUAGGGAUUUAUUUUUUAUAGGAUUAUUUUUGUCCAUGUCUUCUAGUUUUAGAAGUUCAUGAAAGGCGUCCAUAAAUAAAAGUCUGUCAUAAAUAAAUAUAAAUAUGAAUAAAAGUAAUUUGAACUUAUAAAAACAUACACUUUUACAAGUUCAAGAUGCGAAAUAAAAUGGUGCUUUUCCAAUGCAAGUGUUCCUAAAAAAAUAAUGUGAACUCAUUAGUUGUGUUGUGAAGUUUAACAGUUUUAAAAAGAGGCAAAACCAUGGCUGAUGACUUAAUGUUAAACGAUCAUUCAUUUCUUCCAAUGAUGGAAGAUCCGAAUUCAGCUGAAAAAGUUCUCAUUUCAUCAGCUGAUGUUGAGCAACUAAAUCAAGAUAUGUUGAUCGAUGCUAUAAUGUCUGAAGCCAGUGAAUUACACAAUCCUGAACUUGAACAAAAGGAAAAUAUUGUUACUGAUGAUAACCAUGUCGAAAGCCCAACUACAGGAGAAGGUUUUGUCUUCAAGUGUGCUUUUUGUGACCAAAUUUUGAGUUUUAACGAUGAGCCUAAAUUACUGGAAUGUCUGCAUAAUGCAUGUUCAGGGUGCAUAAAUAGCAAAAUCUUUGACCAAUACGAAGGAAUGAGUACAAAUGAAUUGGAGUGUACGCAAUGUUCAAGCAAAUGCGACACGUCGAAAAUUAUCGACAACCAGUUCUUGCUGGAGACGGCCUCGACGGACGACCAGAACACCUCGAAAGCUGCCGACCUAAAAUGUAGCAGCUGCAGCGACGACGCGAAUGCCACCAGCUACUGCGCAGAUUGUUCCGAAUUUAUUUGCGACAGUUGCGUGCAGGCCCACCAAAGGUUAAAAAUAACAAAAGACCACACAAUCAAAUCGAAGGAAGACGGCCUAAACGAGAUGAACUCUGCGUCGAACGGCGCUCCUGCGAAUAUGAUCUGCGCGACGCAUCCUCAGGAGAAGCUGUCGCUCUUUUGCGAAAGCUGCGACAAACUUACCUGUCGAGACUGCCAGCUGCAGGAGCACAGAGAUCACAAAUACAAAUUCACCACUGAAAUUGCGUCUGAAGCCAGAAAAUACAUCUCGGAGAUGCUCAAAGACGUGGGGUACAAAAGGGCGUUACUUACAAGUGCAAUGAAAGUGAUUGAAGAAAGGCAAACUCAAAUAACCGACAAAAAACAAGAAUUGGUCUCAGAGAUUACUCAACUGGUUGUAAAAUUAACAAAUACAAUAAAUGUUCGAGGCAAACAGCUGGUCUCAAAACUAACAGAAGUAUGCGAUUCAAAACAAAAAACGCUUCAAGAGAAAAAAGAAGCCUUGGAACAAUUAUCAAAAAUGACAGAUCAUUGUAUAGAUUUUACUCAACACGCCCUGGAUAAGGGCAGCGAUAUGGCUUUAUUAUACAGCAAAAAACAAAUGACAGAUCACCUUAAAAGGAUCAAGUGUAAACGUGCAGACAUUCCGAAUCCUGAAAUUCCUGUAAGGAUACAUUUGGCUCUGGAUAAAGUUCCUGACCUGAUAAAAGUGAUGGCAACAAUCGGUCAAAUAGUGGUGGACGGUCGCAUAUACUCGUCACAGGCUAUGUCCCCGUCGCAACCCCACAACUCCAUUAGCCCGGGGGUAGGCAGGCCGCCCCCGCCAUCCCAAUCGCCACACGGCGGUCCCAUGCAUUCCCAAAAUUCGAAUAACAACUUUCAGCAGCCGCGGUUGCCGGGACCCGGUGGAUUAAGUCCGUAUGGCGGGGGCCAAUUUCAAAACGGACCUCAGUUUCAGCAAGGACCUAACAUGUCACAUAAUCAAAAUAUCCACAAUAUGCAAAAUAUGGGAUCCAAUCAAAACUUAAGUCACAUGAACCAAGGUCAACAAAAUAUGGGCCAAGGGCAACAGAACAUAGGGCAAGGCCCUCAAAACAUGGGACAGGGAAUGAAUUUAAAUCAAAAUAUGAUGGGACCUCGAUUCGCUCAAUUGUCCCAGCACGGUACCCCGCCUGGUUUACCAUUGUCUUUGACCCAACAGUUGACUAUGAGCGCUCUAAACCGCAUACCGAGGCCUCCGCAACAUCGCGCCUUAAUUCCCAGGCUUUCAAACCAGUUCAAUCACCAACAGCAACAGGUAUCUUCGUCGACACAUCCUCACGGCAUGAUGCAGGACCGUAGCAAUCUAAGGCAUUUGCUGCAACCUAACACAAGCAAUGCAAACAAUCCUGUGUAUGUGCGCACAGGUCCGGAUCAGUACCAAGCCGUACAACCUCAUUUGGCACAACAAUUCCAAAACAGGUCAGAUGUUAGAUUCCCUAAUGGCCAGUUUCGUUCGCAACAAGGGCAGCAGAAUCAAAUGCGCUUGCUGCUCAACCACAACCGCAUGCCGUCGAUCCAGCAGCAGCAGCAGCAGCAAGCGCAACAGCAGCAGCAGCAGCAGCAGCAACGUCCGAAUUUUCAACAUCCCCAGCAGCAGCAACAGCAGCCGCAGCAGCAGCUGCCUGGGGGCGGGCAACAGGCGCGGGGUUGGCACACGCCGCAGCAGGGCGGCAGUAGCGCCGGCGGCAGCGGCGGCUUGAAGAGUACCGCCAUGCCCACUAUUAACGAUAACUUCAAGAUCACCCUGAGGCAACAGAAUCCUCAGAAUUUGCCGGCGACAGUCACCUCCACCAACCCCAAGACGCCAAGCCCUAAUCACGUGAAAGGUCGGACAGACACAGAAAGAAACCUGGACAAAUACUGCGAAGACUCCGUCAACGACUUAAUGGCAACAAUCGCUAAGCUGGACUCAAACGGCGUCCAAGUAUUACCGGAAGGCCGACAGAAGGGUGGGUCACCCCACGUGGACAGUAGCACGGGGGAUACCGGCACGACGCCGCCAGUGAACAAAAUCAAAUCGGAAAUCGCCGAUACCGGCAAAGACGAUCCGAACGAGGACUGGUGCGCGGUUUGCAUGGACGGCGGUGAGCUGGUCUGCUGCGACAAGUGCCCCAAAGUGUUCCACCAGUACUGCCACAUACCCAACUUAAGCGUAGAGGAGAAUGAUACAUGGCAAUGCCUUCUUUGCAUGAACUUUGCCGAUAUUCCUCAAGAAAUAUUAGGAGAGAGAAAAGAAGGUGAGCUGAGCGUCAAAGAGAGAAAAAUCGCGGAAAGACUCGUUCUGGAAAUGUACUGCCAAUAUGAUAACAGCCUACCCUUCAGGGAAGUUAUAGGAAUAGAGCAUACGGAUUACCAUGCAAUAAUAAAAGAACCAAUAGCCCUGGACACGAUGAGGCAAAAAUUAAACUGGACUUCUGAAAACCAUUACAGAUCCAUGGAGAGCCUGGUGCGGGACGUUAGAAAAAUGUUCAAAAACGCCUACACCUUUAACGCGUUCCUUAACGCAAAAGGUAUGAAGACGGAACGAAAUCAAAAUGCUGCCGCAAAAAAUCCUGAAAGUCUAGUGUACAACGAGGCGAAGGCGCUCGAAAAGUUCUUCGACGAACAGUUGGAAAAGUUCCUUCCCGAAUACGCGUACGAGACGUUCGACGACGAAGACGAAGUCGGACAGCCGCCCAACAAAAAGUAUCGGAGGGUGCUGACCGAUUGACAAAUUGUUCGUGGGGCGAACAAUGCCAUUUACUUUUCCCUCUAGCGGCAAGAAGAAGUGAGUUGCACGUCCCAUGCAAUUCGAGCGCAAUUUAAUCGAGUUUAACAGCCAACAAAAAGUUAUAACUACGUAGAUUUGCCGGGAUAAUAAAUGUACAUACUGCCACUACUGCUGCUUUUCGUCGUCGGUAAGUGAGUUACUAUUAAUGUUUAAUAUGGAACGACAAUUAAUACAUAAAUACACAGUGUUCUAGAACCGUUUAUAAUAAAAAAUAAUAAAAAAAUAUCACCAUCCUCAAUUUUCUAGAAUAGGUUAAUUUUAACACCCUAAUAAUUUAUUGACACUUGUUAAUUUUUGCAUUAAACGCUGUAAGUUGCAAAUACUUAAUAUCAUUUGAAGGGGUUGAUGAAUAAGGGUGUUAACUGCGAUUUUCGUGUCAAGCUAAAAUGUUCAUUAGUUAGUUACUGAGUUUUCACCUUUUUGCAUAACUAGAAUAUGUUAGUUAACACCUUUAUCCAUUAAACCUUUAUUUAUAUGGUUUACAUAUCAAUUAUAUUUAAAAUUUAAUCUUUAUUUACCUAAUCAUAUCCACAGGAUGUUUCAUUAAUGCAUUCCAGAAUUGAAAGAUUUAUUUUUUUCAAAAUUUUUUCCUAUGAUUUAAAUAAUGUUGAAAAAGGUUCUUUAACAAUGUUAGGUUAUUUAAACCACAAAAAUAAUAAAACAAUUCUUUGAAAAGUUAUGCCUAAUCAAUUUUUAAAGGUUUUGUUGCAAAAAACUAAGUUUUGAAUUUUGUUUAAUAUUAUAUUCUUAAUUAUGGACUGCAACUUCAAAAACUGAUUUUAAUAUUUCGUUUUUUUAUAAAUAGAGUUUGUAAAAAAUCUAAAAAUUAUUAUAGUUUAAUUUUAAAAUUGCUCACUUCAUAUUUGGACAAUGAUAUUUUAGUUAACAAACCUUACAGCAAACCUGAGUUCAGAUGAGCUUAUAUGUUUUUUUUCAUGAAUUUUACCUCCCAACGCAUUUAAGUGGGCCAUAUAUAACAUCUUUAAUUCGACAGGUAUAAUAAAUACACUGUAGGUAAAUUUUCAACUCUUGAAAUAUCACAGCUUUUUCCUAUUGGCAAUGCGUAAAAUAAUAUAUUUCACCUCUUGUGCGAACAUAAUUUAAUAUAUCCUCAAUUAUACUCACUAAAAAAUUCAGCAAAAAAUCAUUUUGAAUUUCCUAAAUUAUCUCAAAUAAAACCCUCAGGGACACGUGUUCCUUUUUAUCAAUUAACCUCAAAUUUCGCAAGAAUUUGAUUUUUUAAAUUUUAAAAUGAUGUGGGGGUCCAGAACAAUUGAAUUUUUUAAAAUUUAUAUAGGGUGUUUCCUAAUGGCAUGCUCCAAAACUUGAAAAUUAAAUAUCUAUGAAUUUUGGCCUGAUACAGCUAAACGAAACACGGGUUUGUAAUCUAAGACCAAAAAUUAAGUAUACCUUUCUAAGCUGUGAUAUUUUCACCCUCCUACAGUGUUGAUUGAUGUAAAAUUAUUAUUUGUUAGAAAAAUAAGCAAAUCUUCGCAAUUUCAAUUUUUCCUGAAACAAAUCUGAACUCAGGGUGUAACUGUUUGGCUUUAAAACAUUUUUAAACAUUGUUGAAUGAUCUUUCUACAAACCUUUUGGCAAAAAAAUAUUUGUGAUUGCAGGUAAUCUGCAUUAUGCACUAUCCAUAUGAUUAAUAGGCUAAUUUACCACUUAUAAUUAAUCUUUAUAUUCCUUAAUGCAUUAUUUUAACACCCUGUAAUGAUUAAAUCAGAUUUAAAUAUUUUUCCGUUUUAUUGAAUGAAUUAAAUGAUUUUUUUUGUUAACUUUUUUAUGUUUUAAUUGGACAUGUGACAUGAUAUGUAGUAUUAAAAAUUAAAUAAAAUCGUUUGUGACCAAUGUUUGGUUAUUUAGCAAUCAAAUACCAUUUAAAAAUGGUAUAAAUUAUUACUUUAUUUAUUUCUGUAUGUUAUGCAGCUAUAGCCCAGUCAGAUUGGGCAAAAAGCCCAUCUUAAAAAAACAGUAGAUUUUCGUUUGGAAUUUUGUUUAUUUGGGCGUUAGAAAUGGUGUCCAAGCAAUUGUUCGUAUGUCGUAAAUUAUUAAUUUUGUAUGUUAUAAAAAAAAUUUCAUGCGAACUUGUAAAAGCGUGAUCUUCGAUAUUUGGCAACGUCAUUUUCUAGUACCAAAAUAAACAAAAUUCCAAAAAAAAAUCUUCAGUGGGAUUUUUGGCCUGGGCUACUAACAUUUAUAUUGUUUUCAUUACAUUUAGAUUAUUUAUUAGAUUCUGCUAUGCUUAGUUACUUUUAUAUGAUUGUGUUUUAAUGUUAUAGAUGGGAUGUUUUAGUACUGAUGUAGUUUUGUUUUCAUUUUCAUUUAUUGAUUUGAUAUUUAGGUCCACUUUUUAAUGUGUAUGGUGCAAUUAAUACAUUUUUUAAAAACAAUAGUAAUAUGCAUUAUGUUUUGAAAUAUAAAAAAUUAAAUUUAACCAAAGUGGAUCUAGAUAAUUAUAUACUGUUAUCAUAUAAGAUUCUUAUGUAGAUUGUUUCUUUAAACAUGGCUAUAGUAUAUUCCUUGCACCAACUCUCUAGAAUAAACAUUAAAUGUUUAUUCUGGUGAGUUGGUAAAAGGAAUGGACUGUAGGGGGAUGUAAAGAUUGAUGUUAAUAAUUAUUUGAAAAAAAAGUUGGUCGAAUAUCGCCAAAAUAAUUAUGAUCUAAAUUAUAAAAAUAAUUUUUUAUACAUUUCUUUAAAUAAUUUAGGUCUAGGUCAAGUAGCUUCUGAAUAUACGCACAUAGUUAAAUCCUUAUAUGUAAUUUAAAAUAGUUUUAAUUGAGAUAGAAGUAAAAGAUCUUAUAUAUUUUGUUAUUUACAUGUUUCUCAUUGGUUUACUAUCAAGUGUAAUCUGUAUGAAAUAAAAAUUAUAUCAUCCAA